UUCCUCUCUCUCUCUCUCUCUCUCUUUCUCGCGGUGCUCUUUUUAAGUAACCAACCUCCCACUCCCUUCUCUCUGCUUCUUCUCCUAAUUCCUCUUUUCCUCUCUGAAUCAGAAGAAAUUCCCAAUGCAUUUGCAGAGGAUGAAUCGCUUAGCGCCGUUAUCGGAGGAGCCGAUCGACGAACACGACAGCCGCACUCGUAAUCGCAACCGUAGCAGCGGCGGCGGAGGAGGAGGAGGACGACGAUCGUGGCGGAACUGGAUCAGAACUCAUUUCUCCAUCCUUUCUUGUGGAAAAAAGUCCGAUGGGCUUAAUGUUCUUCUCAGCGUCCUCGGCUGCCCUCUCUUUCCGGUCUCCCUUCAACCUAACUCCGUCUCCGAUACCAAUCAGGUUUCCUCAUCGUCUCAAUAUAUCAUAGAGCAUUUUGCGGCGGCGACGGGAUGCCGGAAGUUGAAGGGGAGAGUGAAGAACAUAUUUGUGACGGGGAAAAUAACGAUGGGGAUGGCGGAUGAGGUUAGCUCCGGUGGCGGCGGUAGUGGCGGAGGAGGACUCACCGGCGGUGUAACACAAAAAGGUUGCUUUGUGAUGUGGCAAAUGAUUCCGAAUAAGUGGCUGAUAGAGCUGGCUGUGGGAGGCCACAGCAUUGUGGCCGGCAGCGAUGGCAACGUCGCUUGGAGGCACACACCUUGGCUUGGAUCUCACGCCGCCAAGGGCACCGUUCGCCCUCUCCGCCGUGCUUUUCAGGGAUUGGAUCCUCUAGCAAUUUCAGAAGUAUUCUCUCCAGCGCAAUACAUGGGAGAGAAACAAAUCAUGGCCGUUGAUUGUUUCGUAUUGAAAUUGUCAGCCGAUCAGACGGAUCUGGCUGAUCGAAGCGACAACACAGCUGAGAUGAUCAAGCAUGCGAUCUACGGUUACUUUUGCCAAAGACGUGGACUUUUGGUCUACUUGGAAGACUCCUCGUUGACUCGGAUUCAAUCCCCCGGUUCUCAUCCCAUGUAUUGGGAAACUACUAUGUCUACAAAAAUCGACGAUUAUCGGACGGUCGAUGGUGUUAUGAUUGCCCACUCUGGCGAGACCAAUGUCGUCAUAACACGGUUCGGAGACGAUCUUAAAACAGGUCCUAUGAUCACACGGUUGCAAGAGAUUUGGAGUAUUGAUGAUGUGGCGUUUAACGUUCCUGGAUUGUCUAUGGAUAGUUUUAUCCCACCUAAACAGGUUCAAAAGGAUUGAACAGGAAGUGGGUCGUGAUUGAAUGUUGACGUUCGAUAGAUCAAGUGUGAUGCGAUAGAUGAAAGGUUAGAUUGGAUGAGUUCAAUGUGAUAGAGGCAUGCAUGAUGCAAAAAGUUAAAAAGAAUAUAAGAUGAUAUAUAUAUAUAUGUUAAUAGUUGCUAAUUUUUUCCUUUUUUUAUUUUUAA